CGGGACGGGGUAUACGCGUAUACGGUACUCUUCACUAUUCGGUGAAAUCUAGCUUCAUGCACCUACAUGUACUUCUAAGGCGCAUCGAUGUUGUACCAAGUGCAUAGGCCUAAUUUACUUUCCUUCAUCAUAAUAUCUUGGCCAGCUGCGAACCACUCAGCUGGGAAAAUUCAAUGUUGAGACAUCAGUACAUGUAUGUAUCUGCCUGACUCUGACAGGAUACUAAUUGCACAACGUGUGACUGCCUUCAUAGAGGAGGAGACAACUUGCAAACACAAUGAGGGCGUAUAGAACUAUCAAGAGGUUGCUUCUUGCAUGUGUAGGGAUAUCCUCCUUGUGGAUCAUAUCAUCUUUAUUAAGUGGAAACGAUGACAGCGGUAUGGAGGAGAAUAUAAUCCAGCAUGCAAAACAACCCAGGGCGAAGGACCCACAAGCAGAUAACGGAGUUGAUGAGAACAAUGACCUUUAUAAAGUUGUGCCUGGGAACAAGCUCACGUUCAUGCAGACAGAUAACUCUGGCCACGAGCUGAGUAACGAUUCUCUUAACAUUCACAAUGAGAGAAAUCAAGAACCUAUCGUGGAUAGUCUUACGUUGUCGCGCGAAAAGCUGAAGCAGUCCAUUCUGACCAUCAACCACGAGCAGAAGGUGUAUAACCAAGACCGCUUUGCUGACCGAUCGCCGGACAGUAUCGUGAUCCUUGUGAUGGUCCAUGACAGGCUGGAGUAUCUUGAGUACCUGAUUCAAUCAUUAGGGAAGGCUGAUGGUAUUAGCGAUGCUUUACUUAUCUUCAGUCAUGAUUACUACUCAGAAGAUAUCAACAGGGUGAUCAGACAAAUCACUUUCUGUCGGGUGAUGCAGAUAUUUUAUCCAUAUUCAUUGCAAGUCUACCAGAACGAGUUCCCUGGCCCGGAUCCCAACGAUUGUCCUAGGGAUAUCACUCGGGACAAAGCACAAAAAAUCAAUUGCAAUAACUGGGAGCAUCCAGACAGCUAUGGUCACUAUAGAGAAGUGAGAUAUGUGAUGACUAAACACCAUUGGUUCUGGAAGCUUCAGCAUGUGUUUUCUGGACUUGAAGCCACCAAGAACCACAAUGGCUUGGUCCUCCUGCUUGAAGAAGAUCACUACAUGGCUCCAGACUUCUAUCCCAUGCUACAGAAGAUGUACCAGUUGAAGAAAGAAAAAUGCCCAGAAUGCGACAUACUAACCCUGGGAUCCUAUGACAAAACGUUUGUUUAUAAAGACAGGAAUGACAAGGUGGACUCUUUAGUUUGGCACUCUGCCAAGCACAACAUGGGAAUGUCAUUAGAUAGAAAGACAUGGGAAGAACUUCAGCCCUGUGUGCCGCAAUUUUGCACGUAUGACGAUUAUAACUGGGACUGGACGAUGAACUACGUGAGCCAUAAGUGUCUCUCUUCCGCGUUGCAGGUCAUGGUCUUUAAAUCUCCAAGAGUCUUUCAUAUCGGAGAAUGUGGCAUUCACCAUAAAGGCAAAGGAAAAUGCAGUGCUGAUGAGCUCGUCAAUAGAAUAGACUCAACAUUGGUUGCUAACAAGGAGAGUCUCUUCCCUGAUAAGCUCAUUUUGAGUCCCAAGACGCGUCCCCUGAAGGCCCGGCUGCCAAAGCCCAACGGGGGCUGGGGUGACGUCCGUGACCACACCCUAUGUAAGACGUACAGGAAAGAAGCUUCAAAAGUAGUAUGAUUAAGGCUGAAAAAAAAGUGUUUAACCCUAUGAUUUUACCAGUAGAUAUUCUGUUUCCAAGUGAAUUUUAAAAAAUGAGGUAUCGAUCUGAAUUGUGUCGGAAGUGAUUUCGUAACCAACAAUAAAAAAUAAAAAAUAAAAAA